AUGAACACAAUUCAAAAGCGCAAAAAUAGUCUACUACCGACCACAGCAAACGAGCAUUCAAACGAGAGUCGUCGUCGUCGACGGCGGCCGAGUCGAGUAUCAAAAUUUCAGACAGUCCUGUCACAACGAGUACGGACCUUACGAGAUUUUCGGGAUUUUCCUGCUGAUGAUAUUACUGCUUUACACGUCGGUGCUGUCUUUAUACACGAGACUCGUCAGAGCAGCACAGUAUCAAAUGAGGAUGUGGAGGCAGGUGGUGUCGUUUGUACGGGUGGAGCAUCGACGACCACGCGCUCGUCAUCGAUCGCCUCGCCGUCAGACCUUGUCGACACCAUCAAGUCAGUAUUCGAUGGCUCGAGUAGGAUACUGCCGAACCCCACCGAGAGAGAGGUCAUCAGCGUCGGCACGGGUGCCAUCAAGAAGCAGCCUAAACAGAGCCGCGUCAAGACCGUCGUCGAGCCUCCGUACUCGCCCACGUUUGACGAGCGAAGACACAGGCAUAGUUUGCCAAGGACAACGACGCGAGAAACGGAAUGUCCGAUGUUGGUCGCAUCGUCGCAAAUGGUCGUCAGAGCCUCGACGUCUUCCUUACCUGUACCGACGCCCACCACCUCACACAAGUCCCCCCACAGUCGUUCCUCCUCGCCGGAUCAGCUUAUGGCCAGUAUCGCUCUCAAAAAACCAAAUAUCACGAAAGCCCAGCUGAAAGAGUUCCGGGAGGCGUUCCGACUAUUCGACAAGGAUGGCGAUGGCUCAAUUACUAAAGACGAACUGGGCAGGGUAAUGCGUUCACUCGGACAGUUCGCCAGGGCUGAGGAAUUACGGACUAUGCUAGAGGAAAUUGAUAUAGAUGGUGACGGCAACGUCAGCUUCGAGGAGUUUGUCGAGAUCGUCAGUAACAUCGGUGGCAGUGCAAGCUCAUCGUCUCCUACGGACCAGGAUCAAGAGGAACAAGAGCUUCGCGAUGCUUUCAGGGUCUUCGACAAGCACAAUCGUGGCUACAUCACUGCUUCGGACUUGCGAGCAGUGCUGCAGUGUCUCGGCGAGGACCUCUCCGAGGAAGAGAUCGAGGACAUGAUCAAGGAGGUGGACGUCGACGGCGACGGUCGAAUCGAUUUCUAUGAGUUCGUUCGAGCGUUGGGUGAGCCAGGAGUUGACGACGACGACGACGACGACGACGACGACGAUGACGAAGACGAAGAGGAUGAAGGCACAGAAGACACUCGUUCGCCAACAUCGCCUGCGCCUGCCACCGCGUCAGCGAGUCGUGCCGGUGAUUCGGAAUAAUGAGACAGAACGAGGAAAUAAAAAAAUGGAAGUGCAUUUAUCGACCUUGCCGCGUAAAAAAUUCCGAUUGACUACGUCAGUGAUCAUCGCAUUCGUCAGUGAUCGAUCGAUUACCAAGACAUAUCUGCAAAAACCGGUUCGCGCCUGCGGAGCAAUCACUCGACAUCCCAUAUUGACAGUUGUGCGCUCUAUUAUGAAAACGACCGUUACGUCUUCUCUCUCGUAUUCUUUAUCUUUCUAUUUCUCUCUCCCCUCCCCCCUCCCUCUCUCCUUCUCGUUUGAUUUUACGAAUGAAUUUCAACAUCGCAAGCUUUCUUUUUACUCUCGUUGUUAUAUGACUCGAGCAGGAUUUAAACUUACUUAAAAAAAGUUUGCAUUCGUAUGCGGACUUUCUCUGUGAGAGAGUCGCUUCGAUUAUACAUAAAAUUACAUAUGCUUAAAAAACAUACAAAUAAGUUAUAAGAUAUAUCAUCGUUAACUAUACUGUAUCAUUAUACGCAAAUCAUACUUUAAUCGCACUUUAAUUGCACAACAACAUGCAAUGAUUAAAGUUAUCUAUUAUUAAUAGCAACAAAAACUCAACGUUUUUCUGAAAUUUUUCGUAAAAAGACUUUUCGACUAGCAUGUUUUGCGCAUUUUUAAGAAUAAACAAAACGUAAUCAAUGUGAAAAGGGACAUGCUAGGAAAAUGAUCAUUCGCAUUAAAAAUUAUAAUAAACAAACAAAAAAACAGUAGUAAAGUUGCAAAUACUAUAUUGUAAUAUUUUCAUCGUUUGAAAAAAUAUAAAAUUUAAUGGCAAAACUUCAAGGUGAUAAAAAAUUUACUUAAGCACAUCUUUGAAUAGUUAUACCGAUAGAUAGAUUAUUAAAAGAAAAAGUAUGCGUGUCUAAUCGAUUCACUCAAACCAAAAACGGACUCGAUCUUCACUGAUUUUGUUGCACAAGGGCUUUUUUACGACGAUACGCAGCUAAUAAGCAUACAUUAAGAAAGCUCGGGGACUUUCAUCAAUUGCGACAUUAUAACGAGCGAUUCUACCGAUUAUUAUCGUACAUAUAUUAACUCAUAAUAAUGUGAGUGAUUUUGCUCGUUAUCUCAACCUUUACGGUUGCUCGAAUUUUAUCGUACUGGACUUGCUGUAUUUGUCUUCGUGUAAUAUUCUAGUCACACGAUUACAACAAUCAAUUACACCAUUGAUUCUUUUCCGAUUCUAUUUCCGUACCUACACGCGUACGAUUAUAAAUAUAUAUCUAUUUUAAGAUUCCAAUAAAUCAUUAAUAAAU